AUGAGAGCCAUAAUAUCCCGUCACCUUUCACUCCUCAAUUCUAGGAUCACCACCCCAACCCCAUCCUCUCUUUUUUCUAUAAGAAAUACCACUACUUGUACCAUGUCAAACUCACAUCAUUCCUCUGCUUUCAACACACCCAGAGUGGUUCUCAAGAAGGUUUUGGCCAAAUCUCAACAUGAAGGGGAUGGGGCUGUUGUUAGAAGAGGCAUUGGAAGGAGUGACUUGAAGAACUUGGAUCCCUUCCUGAUGUUGGAUCACUUCUCAGUAUCUCCUCCCGCCGGAUUUCCUGAUCAUCCACACAGAGGUUUUGAAACUGUCACCUACAUGUUAGAGGGAGGUAUUACUCACCAAGAUUUUGCUGGCCACAAGGGUACAAUAAGAGCUGGUGAUGUUCAGUGGAUGACUGCAGGCAGGGGAAUAAUUCACUCUGAAAUGCCCGCAGAAGCAGACAACAACAAGGGAUUGCAAUUAUGGAUCAAUUUAUCCUCCAAGGACAAAAUGAUAGAGCCUAACUACCAAGAACUUCCAAGUGAGAACAUACCAACAGCAGAAAAAGAUGGGGUUGAAGUGAGAGUGAUAGCAGGAGAAGCAAUGGGAGUGCAAUCCCCUGUGUAUACUCGAACACCAACCAUGUUCCUUGUUUUCUCCAUGAUGCCCGGAAGUGAGUGGCAUCAGAGCAUUCCAGAGUCGUGGAAUUGCUUUGUUUAUGUGAUUGAAGGAGAAGGGGUUUUCGGGUGUCAAAGUUCAUCCCCAACUGUGGCACAUCAUGUUCUUGUUCUGAGUCUAGGUGAUGGACUUAGCGUGUGGAACAACUCUUCAAAGCCUCUGAGGUUUGUUGUGAUAGGAGGACAGCCACUGAACGAGCCAGUGGCUCAGUAUGGGCCAUUUGUGAUGAACACACAGUCUGAGAUUGAGAAAACUCUUGAAGACUAUCAAUUCGGGAGGAAUGGGUUUGAGAUGAGGAAGUAUUGGAGGUCUCAAUAG